AUGACUGGUUCCAAUCAAUCACCGCCAGAAGCACCACCAGGUAUCGAUCAAGGUGUUCAGCCCAUGAUAGAUGUACUCUUUGCACAGGCUCCUAUGGCGAACAGUAAUAGGCGCGUGAUUGGGAGGAUAGGAAACAAUGGUGCUGCUGUUUCAUCUUCCCACGCUGCAAUUGCACCACCGAGAGACAUCAUCGAUACUCAUACCAGCGAUCGCAGGCUAUUACCAAGUAGCGAAUCUAGUGUACGGUAUCUCCAGUCAGAAGGAAAGAUGAGGGAAGAAAGUGAUAAAGGCAUAUGGCACGAACGCGUACCCUGGGCUCUACCACCACUUCCACGCCCACAGGCCCUCACACUGUUCGACGACCCAUCGAGAGUCAGACGAAGCGAAACACCAAAGCGACAAAUCAAAUUAGAUGCCUUACACCACACACACGCUAUCUGUAUCCCACUGCCACCUCCUCCUUCACUCUCCACCCUCUUCAACCAGGCCGUGACCUAUAUCGACAACUGCUUUGUCUCCUCGCCCGGCAUCAUUAAGUACGUAGACGCAGAGACUCGAUGGAAGACGUAUGUUUGCAUAGAGGCGCAAGAGGGGGUUUCAGCGAGUACAAAGCCAGAAGAUAAGAUAGUCAGGGUUAGAGCAAUUCUCACUGAUAACAUUAGUCCGGUUGAUGCGCACGAAGGAGGAUGCGAAUUAGUAGAACGGCCUGUAGAAAUCCAGGCGAAGCACAAGCGCGUAAGAGAGAUUCUGAGGGUUGGAUAG